AUGUUUUCAAAUAUUAUUUCAACAUUGGCACUUUUGCAAUUGUUGAAUGCUGCUCCAAUUUUAUUAACAAGAUAUCAUGUUGCUGCUCCAACAACCGAGAUAAAAACAGUUACAACUGGAACAACCACUGUUUGGUUACCACCGGUUGGUAUAUAUAUUAGUGAUGGGCAAACAUCCACCAGUACUAUAACAGAUGGUCAAUGGAAUACUUAUCCUGUUACAUUCACUUCCAUAAUAAAUAGAGAUCAAGCUGCUCCUGCUCCUGUUCCAACACAACAAACAACUGAAGCACAACCACAACCACCACAACAGCCUACCACUACUACCAGUUCUACUAGCCCGGCUCAACCAACAACAACUGAGCAACAACAACAACCUACAACAACUGAACAACAACAACAACAGCAGCAACCAACAUCAACCGAACAAGCCCAACCAAACACUACAUCAACUGAACAAACUCCACAAGCUCCACAAUCUACCGAACAAGGUCAGCAGCAACAACAGCCUACAACUACAGAACUAGCUCCACAAUCUACUGAACAGAAUGAAACUACUAUACAAUCACCUUCAACUACCAGCAUUAACUACACUUCCAGUUCCAGUUCCAGUUACAGUCCUACCUCAACCUCAACCUCUAGCUCUAGUUCGAGUCCAAGUUCUAGUGGAGAUAUCCUGGCUCCUUCUGCUAUUGUGUACUCACCGUAUGCCGACGACAGAAGCUGUAAAUCUGCAGAUACUAUUAAAUCUGAUCUUCAAUUAAUCAACAGUAAAGGUAUCAAACAAAUUAGAUCUUAUGGUACUGAUUGUGGUUCAUUAACUACUGUUCUUGAAACCUGUCGUGAAUUGGGUAUUACUGUCAAUCAAGGAGUUUGGAUGUCUAAUGCAGGUGUUGACUCUAUUGAUGAUCAAGUUUCUGAUGUCGUUAAUUAUGGGAAAUCUAAUGGUUGGGAUGUCUUUAAUUUAAUCACCAUUGGUAAUGAAGCUAUUGUUGCUGGAUAUGUUUCACCUUCAGAUUUAGUCAGUAAAAUAAAAUCGGUCAAAUCACAGUUACAAAGUGCUGGUUAUAAUGGUAAGGUUACCACUUCUGAACCACCUGCCACUUAUCUCAAAUAUCCUAGCUUCUGUACUGAUGCUGACAUUGAUGUUGUUGGUAUCAAUCCACAUUCUUAUUUCAACGCAAACAUUUCACCAGAAAAUGCUGGUUCAUACAUUGUUCAUCAACAACAACAAGUUGCCGAUAUUUGUGGUGGGAAAUCAAUUCUCAUUACUGAAACUGGUUAUCCUUCAAAAGGUUCUACUUUAGGAGUAAAUGUACCUUCUCCAGAAAAUCAAAAAAUUGCCGUUUCUUCUAUAAUAAAAGAAACUGGUGGUGACUGUACUAUUUUGACUACUUAUAACGACUUCUGGAAAGACCCAGGUCCAUACGGUAUUGAACAAUACUUUGGAGUCAUUGAAUUAUUUCAAUAG